CUUUUCAUCUGAUAUCUCCUUUCUCUGUUCCUCCUCUCUUUUACUCAUCUUCUUCAAUUUCACUGAAGCUCCAUGGAGACCCCAUCAUCAUCAACAAGACGAGUCACCAGGUCACAAACUUUGGCCUUGGCUGCUUCGGCUUCUAACAACAAUGUUCCCAGGAAAAUUGAAGAUUCUGAGAAGGGUGUUUUGAAGUCACGACAACAGCAACAAGAUCGAUCUGCGUUGAUUGAUAUAACGAAUGAUUCACCCAUCAUAGGGCUUGCGACUGUUGGUUUAGAGACUCCAUCAUCGGGCAUAUCCAAGAAACGAAUCAGUAGAGCCAAGAAUAACAAAACUCCUGGUUCUGGAGAGAACUUGCUUCGGGGUCAGGUCAAGACGCUUCUUCAAAAGGUUGAAGAAGAGGCCGAGCUUUCAAAACUCCCACUUGAGAGUCGUCCCUUUCUUCAUCUUCAAGGCACGGUCAACUCUCCCUUGCGACUUCUUGCGCCGACUCCGGCUAACACCCCUCAAAUCUUGAAUCUUUCCGAGGAUGAAAUUGCCUCCAUAAAAGUCAACCCUUCUCCAUUGGCUCACCUGCAAUCCAUUUCUCAGGUUGUGAGCAACAUGAUUGAGGGAAAUAAACAAGAGAGCACUGAGUCUGAAAAGAAUAUGCUAACUCGGUCUUUACUGAUGGAUUUCUCCGAGAAAUCGGAAGUUAGUUCGAAACCAUCGGAAUCCCCAUGCGCAGAUGAGGAUGAGUCGUCUUCUGAGUGGUCUAUUCAGGUGAAUGCAAGUGCCCAUGACGAAGAAGAGGAAGAAGAAUACUGUGAAUUCAACUGUGAUGAAGAGUUGGUCGAUGAACUAUGCGAAGAAAUGAGCAAGAUCAGUGUGAACAACGAGAAGGCAACUGGAAAGCACACAAGAUUUAUUUACAACAGUGACGACGAGAUAAUUGAAGAAGAAUAUGUUGAAAACAAGGAGGAAGAUUCUGAACCAAAAGGGAAACACCUAUUCUUUGAAACUGAAGAAGAAGAAGAAGAAGAAAUGGUGAAGAGUGAAGAUUGAUUGACGUCGUCUUGUGUCUGUUGAUUUUCUUUCAAGUGAUUUUUUAUUUUGUUUUUGAUGGAUUGAAUCAUGAAAAUUUAUGACUGCUGCUUGCAAUCCCUAGUAAUUCCAGACUCAAUAAAAAAUACAUUUUGA